AUGAAACAUUUCAUUCUCUUCCUACCCUCACUCCUCCUCCUCCAAGGCUCAAAAACCCUAGCCCAAGCCCCCGGCCCGAAACCUCCCGGCCCAACGAACAUAACCAAGAUCCUCGAAAAAGCAGGCCAAUUCACCACCUUCAUACACCUCCUCCAAACCACCCAAACCGCCACACGAAUCGACACGCAGCUCAAAUCCUCGCCCGGCGAGGGCCUAACCGUAUUCGCCCCACCAGACUCAGCCUUCUCGGCCCUAAAAACCGGGACACUCAACUCGCUAACCGACCAACAAAAGACCUCGAUCGUCCUAUUCCACAUCCUCUCGUCUUUCCUCACGGUUCCCGAGUUCGACACGUUGAGCAAUCCUGUUCGGACACAGGCCGGAGACACGGGCCGCGGCCAAUUCCCUCUCAACAUCACCACCGCGGGUGGCGGCGGAGGGGUGAACAUCACCACCGGAAUCGACAACGCCACGGUGGUCGGAACCAUAUACACGGACGGCCAGCUGGCGGUCUACCAAGUCGAUAGGGUUCUUCUUCCGGUGGGCGUUUUUGAUCCAUUGCCGCCACCUCCAGCGCCGGCGCCGGAGCCAAAGAAGGCGGCGCCGGCAACUGUCCGGGGAGUUCCGGUGAGCGUGUCGGGCGCAUUCGGCGGAGUUGCCAUGCAUGAGUAUGUUGGUUCUUUAGGAUUUGCUCUAUUUUAUUUAUUGUGA